AUGCAAAACAGCUGAUACGCAACCCGACGUGAACAUAACCUCACGUGUUUUAAAUCUUUAAAAAUUGAUAAAUAAACUUUGUAGUCGUUGAAUAUAAUCGACAAUAGUUAUAUAUUAUUAGAAACAAGGAUGUUCCUUUCUAGGGUAUCUCGAUUUUCGAUCUUCAUGCGUAGUUUCGCUACAAAACCAGAGGAAAUAGAAAAUAUUGUCAAGAGAAACAAAGUAGUGGUAUUCAUGAAAGGAGUACCAGAUGAGCCGAAAUGUGGUUUUAGUAAUGCUGUGGUACAAAUUUUGCGCAUGCAUGGUGUCAAAUACGAUGCACAUGAUGUUCUUAAAGAUGAAGAACUUAGACAAGGCAUAAAGGACUUUUCUAGCUGGCCAACGAUACCUCAAGUAUUCAUAUGUGGCGAAUUUGUCGGUGGAUGCGAUAUUCUUUUACAAAUGCAUCAAAACGGCGAGUUGGUCGAGCAGUUAAAGAAAGCAGGAAUUCUUAGUGAACUUUUAAAUAAGGAGCAAAGUCAAGAUAGCAAAACGAAGGAAUAAUCUCCGUGUAAAAAUCUGUAAAUAAAAAAGGUACAAUUUCGUUAUUGCUUAGUUCUUGUUAUAAUAAAAGUAUUUCACAUAUAA